GGAGGAGCUCCAGAAGAAGGUUCGGGAGCCAGAGCGGAAGAACGAGAGCCAGCAGAGGCAAGAUGGGAAGGAUGGCGUGGCUGUCCCAACCGAUCAGAAGAAGGAGGAGCUCCAGAAGAAGGUUCGGGAGCCAGAGCGGAAGAACGACAGCCAGCAGAGGCAAGAUGGGAAGGAUGGCGUGGCUGUCCCAACCGAUCAGAAGAAGGAGGAGCUCCAGAAGAGGGUUCGGGAGGUUGAGCGGAAGAACGACAGCCAGCAGAGGCAAGAAGAUGUGCCAGAUGCUGGUGGCGUCGUGCCCGAUCACGACAAGGAGGAGCUGCAGAAGAAAAUCCGGGAGCUGGAGCGACAGAACGAAAGCCAGCAGAGGCAGAUCGAAGCACUGGAGGCCGAGAAGGCAGUAGAGCAACGGGCCUCUGUCGUGGCCCCUCAUGGGCAGGAGCUUGCCGCACCCGCGCCGGCACCUGUCCAGGAGUUUGCCGCGCCGGCGCCCAUUCCGCCUCCACGACCGGAAGCAGGCUAUGCUGCUGAGUACUUCAUGACGACGAACUCGACGGAAGGCUCCCACGUGCUUGGUUGGAUCGGCGAUGGGGGCGGAUGGGAGCCAGGAGGUGAACCUCCUCGCAAUGCUCCUCUGCCACCAAUUCCUCCGGGCGACACGGAGCCUCCGGGCCCGUGUGGCCCCAUGUGCCGGUGCGGCCAGGUGGUCAGCAAAGCCUCAGAGGUUGAGAAGCCAUGGAUCGCUGAUGAGGUUCGACGGCAAGCGAUCCUUGCUGCUAUCGAGCGCUUCCAAAGCCACCCUGGAGUGGAGCGCCGCGGCAAGGUGUCGCGCCAGAAUCGUUUCGAGCCGGCAGCGCCGGAGAAGAUGAACCGCGCGCUGACAAGCGAGCCAAGCAGGACUCAGUACACUCGCGAAGUGCGGGUUCUGCGAUGA